AUGGUAGAACUUAGAGUCAUACAAGAUGGCGAGAAGCCCCCACGACCUGCAUUGUUGGGCACAGCACCUCAGGAGAUGAAGAUUACUAGUGAUAAAGCCACGAAGCCCACGGCGCCUGCGUUCACAGUACGACCCCCACACGCGGAGCACCAUUUGCAGCAGCAGCGCCGUGCAGCACAACGACAAACGCCAGGUCAAAGCUCGAUUGUGGCACAUGCCGAACAACGAGCACGCACGCGCAUGCGUCAAAAUAAGCAAGCUAUUCUAAGUAUUAGUCAGCCGUCGGAGAUCACUCAUGUGUAUCCAGUAUCGUAUGCUGAACAUCGACCGAUGGGUGCGAAAAAUCAGUAUUCUGUGCCGAGCAUAUCCGAGACGCGCGCACCACGUUCAGCCCCUUUACUUGCGAGUCCGCAUACACAGAGUCGUUCUCGAUGCGAUUAUGCAUAUGCCGGAAAUGAGCCAUGUGUACCGAACUAUGCCACUGCUUUUCACCAUGGAGCGUUAGGAAGGCAAUUUAGUGAUAUUCAUCCCAGUGUUAUCCAUCAAUCACCAAUUCCUCAACUUCCAAACCAUCGCACCCGUGCACAAUCGCUGCCUAGAAAUGCACCCAGCCAUCAUUUCGAUAACGGUCUCAUGCCCAUACCCACAACACCUACACCAAUCUCGCGGGUGGCUUCGCCCAUCUUGAAACUCACUCAAAACGGCACAAGUCAUGGUAUGAUGGCUUAUUCUCGCCAUUAUGAAGCGUUAGAGCGGGAGAUGCAAUUGGAGAACGAGGAUACAAUCGAAAGAAGUCGAACUUCUAAGGAGCGGCGCGACCUGGAGCUGGAGCAAAAAGUACGAAACAUAGCUGCACGUAGACUGUCUAGUGAAGCAAAGCAUAGUCAAUUCGAGAGUUUCCAAACUAUACAAACAGAGAUACAAAGGCAGCAGCAACAGCAAGAACAGCAACAGUACGAUCAAUAUCAGAACCAGCAGUGUCCAAAAAUGCUUUCCAACUCCCUUCCCGUGGCGAAUACAAAACAGCCGGACUCCAUGUCAGUACCUGAGCCAAAUAAAAGUGUAUCCCCGGUGCUCAAACAUCGUACUGGUGGAGCAAUACCCAUCAUCGACCCUGCGACAGGCGAUCGGUUGAGGCAUACACAAGCCACCUUCAACACACAAUCAGUCGAGUAUUACUCGGAUUCGAAAGUGGCUGCACCGGUUGACCCACCCAAAUACGAAUUUGAUUUUACUAAAGGAGCUGCAGAAUCGACUGAAAAGCGUUGGAGUCCCGGAAUGUCUCAUUUGCGUCGCGGUGUGCCAACACGCUUGCAUGCAUCGGUGAAAAAGAAAUCGCGUGUGCUUUCGAACGGCAUGUGUGUGCAGCAACUUCAGGAUCUGAUCGAUUCUCAUCCAUCAUCCUUAUCCUGUGAUGCAAAAAUCUUCGAUCAGAAUUCGAGCGAGCACGUUGUCAACUCAUCAGCAAAGUUAGAGUCGAUUAUUCGUAACACCGACCAUGACAACAUUGCGGAAGAUACACAGCCAUCCACUUCCUUAGUGUCACAGGGUGUCGCACCUCUAUGUCAGUCGUUCGAAUCUCUCUCAGUGAGUGGUCGAAUUGGAAUCGCACCCAAUACUUCGGAAGAAUUUCGGGUUCACAGCGAAGUACAGUUUAAGGCACAGACAGAAGUGGACUCUACACCUCCCACACCAUCAGUUCUCGGUGCUUAUAAACGGUUUAGUCUCGCUUCGAUAAGCCCAUCAUGUGAAGCGUUAGUGGGCGGCCGUGACGUUGACAAUGCCAUUAACGUUGUCGCGCACAGCUCUGGUACUUCACUAACUCCUGAGGCCACUGGGCUAUGUAAUGACGUGGUCGACACCCUGUCUAUGCCAAAUGUGGACCUGGAUUCUAAUGACAUGGGGCGAAAUAGCAGCGUAGACUCGUUUUCAGCGUUCCAGACUAUGUUGGAAGGCAUUAAGGAGGCUUCGACCACGGCCCUGGCAUUUCCUGCCGUGGAUCAGUACAACAGCUGCGACACACUUAGUCUGUUGUUUGCGAUGGAUGGUGCCAGCUCUGAACAGGACGAUCCCGUGCACAUAUCCACCGGUAGAUCGCAAGUGUCCGGUGAGCAUGCAGACGAGGAUAUCAGUGCAAAUAGCAGUGACGAUGAAGAAGGGAGCACAGACAUGGCUGGGAAUUUACACAACCUGUUGAAAUCGGCGGCUCAUCUUAACUUUGUAAACUCCCUGACCGACUCGGAAGACGAUAAUGUCGAAGAGGAUGCCAAAACUAUGAAUAGCACACUCAAGAAAACACGGCCACGCAGUGUGAGUACAAGGGAUUUUUACAACCCACAACCACAUACAAGCCCGAGCCCAAGUCCCAGUCCUGGGCGUCCGAACUUGUACAAUGCCAUAUUCAGUACGGCUUCUCCAUUGCACACGGUCCGCAAGAGCCGAUUCGAUACCAUGGGCGGCUACAGUGCAUUCGAGACGUAUGGUGACACUAAGGCGUUCGUAUUUCCGCCGCCAUCGCACUAGGUUGUACCUGCUGUGAGCACAUAAGGAUUCAAAUGUAGAUAGAUACACACACACAUGCAUGCCUGUGUAGAAAUGUAUAUGCAAAUAUAUGUGUAUGAGUAGACAUGCAUGAUCGUAAGAUUGCAACUAUUGAUACACUUCUCUUUCACCGUGUAGACACUUGUGAACUAGCUUACUUACAUCACAUAUAAUUUAUUCUACACAAUUUUAUUGUACAUACCUACUUGUACUGUGUUAUUGCUCUAUAAAUGUACAUGCACUGUGUACAAUUUUCACAGUAUACAUGAUAAGUCCACAGUCACAUACCUAAAAUGCAAUUUACGUCUGUAUAUACUGUGUUAGCAUGUAACACAAUGAACAUAAAGAUGCGCAGGCUGCUAUCCAAAUAUGCAUAUAUCUCUUUCCAAGGAAAAAAAGCUCAGCCAACUAGCACGUGUGACUGCAUUGUAUGCGUCCUAAUCCGCCAACGGAGUGAAUUAGUCUACAUGGACACGUGGUACUUGCUGACACGAGAUAGCAACCGAUGCUUUCCACACCACGACCAGCACAAUCGAGGCGAUGCACGUUUGUGUAUAUACAGAACUUGUACAUAGCCAUAAUGCCACAGGGCGACAAUAAAAAC